AUGCACACGUCCAAGACUGCAGCGUCCAACCCGCAGCCGACCUCAACGGCCAGCACUGGUGCCGGCUCAAACGACGACGGCCCCAUCACUAUUGCUGUCGGCGACGCGGACGAUGCCUUUCCUGUCGACUUUUUUGACCAGUACGCGGCCAAGGCUACACAGCCGACCUCAACGGCCAGCACUGGUGCCGGCUCAAACGACGACGGCCCCAUCACUAUUGCUGUCGGCGACGCGGACGAUGCCUUUCCUGUCGACUUUUUUGACCAGUACGCGGCCAAGGCUACACAGCCGACCUCAACGGCCAGCACUGGUGCCGGCUCAAACGAUGACAGCCCCAUCACUAUUGCUCUCGGCGACGCGGACGAUGCCUUUCCUGUCGACUUUUUCGACCAGUACGCGGCCAAGGGAACAGCCUCCUCCUCUUCCAAGACCUCCACCGCCCGAACUGUUGUCGAUCUGACUGAAGACGAUGCACUCGAUAUUGUCGCCGAGUCUCGGCAGCAUGCGGGCGGCGGAUUCGUGGCCGAGUCUAGCCCUGCCGGCGGGUUCAUGACCGAGAAUGCCGAGAUCCCUGAGGAGCUCGCGCAAGAGCUUGCCGAGCUGAACGCGCUUGACGACGGCGGAACGACGACCGACGAGGACGGGGCAACGACCGAUGAGGAUGAGGACAAAGACUACGGUGGCGGAUCGGACGUGGUCGACCUUACAAUGCAGGGCCGGUUGGCGCAGUUUGAGGCGUCGGUCGCGGCGCCAGCCAGGCCGCCUGUGGCCAAAGGCCCGGGCGCUGUGACCCGCGGCGGGUUCCUCUACUACGGAGCGAGCGGCGGCAACAGCAUCGCCGACGAGAUGGCCGAGCGGGCUGCACUUUCCGACAGCUCGUCGACAACCGCCGACGAUGUCAUGUCCGAAGUCGGGGCCAGCGCGUCGGACUCAGAGUCUGCAGACAACGAUGGGUCUGGCGACGACGAGGCCGAGCUGCCGGCCGACGGCGGGGGUCUCGCCGCGGCGGCUGAUGGCGACUUUGCCAGCGACCUCUCCAAGUGGGACGACCACGGCGUGGAGCUUGUGGAUCUUCUCGUCUCGGCGUCGGUGCGCAAGGCGCUGGGUGCUGGCGGUGAGACGGCGCCGAGUGCGGCGGCGCGUGCGCUGCAAGCCGAAACUAUUUCCGAGGAGCUCGUGUUCGAGUGCGCGUCGCUGCUCGACGUCAUGGGCAUUCCGUACAUCCAGGCGCCGUUUGAGGCCGAGGCGCAGUGCGCGGUGCUACUGGAGCUCGGCCUCGUCGACGGCAUCAUCACCGAUGACUCGGACGUGUUCCUCUUUGGUGGCGACCGGGUGUACCGGUCGUUCUUUGACGAGCGGCGCUACGUCCGGCGGUUCGACAUGUCGGUGAUGAAGGAUGAGCUCGGGCUGGACCGCGACGCGCUCGUCUUUCUCGCACACCUGCUUGGCUCCGACUACACAGCGGGCGUACACGGGGUUGGCGCCGUGACCGCGAUGGAGGUGCUCGCGGCCUGGCCGCCGAGCGAGUAUGGCGGCGGGCGCGAGGGCGUUGUUCAAGCGCUCGAGGCCUUCAAAGCUUAUGUGACUGCGCUCCCGCACGAGGCCGACGCGCUCAUCGCGGGGCGUCCGGAGCGGCUGCGGGUGCGGGCGGCGGUCAAGCGGCUGCAGUCGACGGUCCAGCUUCCUGCGCGGUUUCCAGACACCGCGGUGGUCGAGGCGUACCUGGCGCCCGCCGCGACGCGCGACGACGAGCCGUUUGAGUGGGAGGAGCCGCGGUUCGACGCGCUGGAGCAGUUUGCGGUUCAGACAUUUCGCUGGAGCGCCGAAAAGGCGGCCACUGAGGUGGCGCCGGUCCGGGCCUCGUACGCCGAGCUUGUGCCGGCCAAGGUCCAGACCAAGAUCGACGCGUUCUACCUCGGCGCCGGCGCCGGCGGCCUCGAGCACAUCACCCGGAUCGGCUCGCGGCGGCUGCGCGGCGUGGUGGCGCAGCUGCUGGGCGUCAAGCUCUCGUCGCUGCCUGCGCCGCCGGAGGAGGAGGCGCGGGCGACGGCGCGGAAGCGCAAACGGAAGCGCGGCGCCGAGCCUGCGCCCGCCGAGGCGAACGCGCCGCUGCCGGCCGUCGCCGAUGUCGACAUGUUGCGGAUCCACGAUGCGCUGCACAACUACGCGGUGCGGCGGGUGGUGGUCCAGGGCGAGGCCCGCGAGGUGCAGGUCUUUCCCAACUCGGGCUGCCGCUUUGUGGCCGUCGGCCCGUACACCUUUAUCGAGCAGAAUAAGGCCAAGGACUCGUACUACGCAGCCAAGGCCCGCGACGGCGCACUCAUCUCGUGGAUUCCGACCAAGGACGGCUCGCAGUGGGGCUGCAUCUACAACUCGGUCAUCAAGCAUCCGCUCCCGCCGCUCUCGGCCGUCGAUCCCUCGGGCAUGCACUCGUCCGAAGAGUGGACCCCGCACAUGCUCGCCACCCUCGAGGCCACGCUAGCAUCGGUCGAACGAGGCCAGGCUCGAGCCUCACCGGCUCGCCCGGCCAAGCGGGCCAAGCCGUCGUAGUAAACCGCUCCGAGAAGUG